AUGAGCGCCCCAGUUGCAUCGACCAACAGCGCGGCGAGCAAGCCCCCAGGGCACGAUAUAUUCUGUACCCCGGAAAACAGCGACUUCGUGUCCAAAGUCCCAUACCAGAGCCUCAGUAAAACCGACCACGAGAUCCGUCUCCUCAAGAUCCUACCCGACUCAGGAUCAGGCUUCGUCGAAUGUGAACUUCUACCAGCUGUGUCGCUUGCCACCGUCCACAACAAGUACCUCGCCUUAUCAUACUGCGCAGGCAGCGCAAAGAAUACCAAGCCCAUCAAAGUCAAUGGUGUCAAUUCGAAUGUGUUUGCCAACUUGCAACAUGCCUUGGCAUGCGCUCGCCACUAUUGGGAGUCACAUGCAGAGCUACCAGAGUUUCUGCUGUGGGUGGAUCAAAUAUGCAUCAACCAGUUUGAUGUAGCCGAAAGAUCCCAUCAAGUUGGAUUCAUGAGGGACAUCUAUAAGGAUGCGAAACGUACUCUCAUUUGUCUUUCUACUUCGGAGACGAACGGAGAUGGGAUGAGAUGGCUCACAAAGCCAAGUGUUAGAGCCGCGCAGAUGAUAACCGAGGAAGGAGCUGACAUUUUCACCAAAGAGCUCGAAACUGAGCAGUUCCAAAAAGGUCUGGCUCGGUUCUGCGAUAUUCUAGCUAGCCCGUGGUGGAGAAGAGCAUGGGUUUUCCAAGAGUUCAUGGUGUCGACGCACGCAACCUUUCUUUAUGGAAAGUAUGCUAUGCCUCACCAUUAUUUCGACGAAAUAAUAACUGAAACUUGUUUGAGACUUACCAUAGCUAAUGAAUAUUCUAAGGAUGAGCUCAAACCAUAUCUUUCACGGAUUCAACUUGCGCAAAUCAAUCCAUUGUACUUUUUUUCUAGCAAUGCGCACGAUCUCUUGGCGGCCAAACGACAAGAUCCUGUUCCGUCUGACUUGGAAAGCCUGCUUAGCUACACUGAAAAAUUCAGAGCAACUGAUGAAAGAGACAUAAUAUACUCAGUUCUUGGCCUCGCCAGCCCUGGCUAUGGGAUAACGCCAGACUACUCUCCCGGGAACGACAUGAGGAAGCUUCUAGUAGAAACUACGAAGAAGAUUAUAACUUUCAAGGAUAGUCUAUCCGUAUUGUCGCUCCUUAGUCCAGAUAUUGGCCCAGCUGACCAGAGAGGGCUCUUACCUUCCUGGGUAGUUGAUUGGCAUGACCCUAUUUGCCUCCCCACUAAACAGCAUUGGGAUACCAAGAGACCCGCGAUAGGCUAUUUUGCAGAACAUAGAAUUAUAGCUGGUUCUCUCGACGCUUCUUUCGUGCAACUUCCACCUCCAGAACGCCCAGAAACACUAAUAACAACCCUACAAGUCUGGGCAUUGCGCGUGGAGACCAAUUUUAAGACAGCGAUCCAGCCUGAGGGGUUGAAAGGUCAAUACGAAGGGUCUCAGCAUCACGAGAUAGAGACUCCUCUUCGAGUCGAAAGCGAUAAAGAGCUGUGGAUCCUUUGUGGCGCUCGCGACCCAUUUCUUUUGAGUCGGUAUGCGCAUGGAUAUCGAAUAUUUGCUACUGGACGUUGGAUAAGAAUUCUUUCUAAAACAGAGGGGGUGACGGAGUUUUCUGAGUUCAUGGAUGAUCAAGGAGUGUACGAUACGAACAAGAUGGAUUGGAAGAAGAUCACUAUCUUCUAA